UCCCGAUAGAAGUGAGCGAUAAUGUAACAUGGGUCCAAAAAAACGCGUUGGAGUUGAGUUUCCUUGUGUCAUCCGGAACCUUUACGGGCACGGAACGACUUCCGGUUGGUGAUGACAGUUUUUUGUGCAUGCUGCGGAUUGUAGCCCCUGUCAAAGUUUGUAGCACAUCUGAACCGCCAACAUGGGGAUAUUGGAGAAAAUCGCGGAAAUUGAGCGAGAAAUCGCUCGGACACAGAAAAACAAAGCCACUGAGUACCAUCUGGGUUUGCUCAAGGCCAAGCUCGCCAAAUACAGAGCUCAGCUCCUGGAGCCCAGCAAGUCAGCGGGGGCCAAAGGCGAGGGCUUUGAUGUCAUGAAAUCAGGAGAUGCUCGUGUUGCUCUUAUCGGUUUCCCAUCUGUGGGUAAGUCCACCUUCCUCAGUCUGAUGACAUCAACUGCCAGUGAAGCUGCUAACUAUGAGUUCACCACUCUCACCUGCAUACCCGGGGUCAUAGAGUACAAAGGGGCCAACAUCCAGUUGCUCGAUCUGCCAGGAAUCAUCGAGGGUGCUGCCCAAGGUAAGGGUAGAGGUCGGCAGGUCAUUGCUGUUGCCAGGACAGCAGACGUCGUCAUCAUGAUGUUGGAUGCCACCAAAGGAGAUGUUCAGAGGGAACUGCUAGAAAAAGAGUUGGAGUCGGUGGGCAUCAGACUCAACUGUUCGAAACCCAAUAUUUAUUUCAAGCCCAAGAAAGGCGGCGGCCUGUCCUACAACUCCACAGUUCCUCUCACCCACUGCUCAGAGAAGCUCGUGCAGCUCAUCCUUCACGAAUACAAAAUCUUUAACGCAGAAGUGCUCUUCAGGGAGGACAGCACACCGGACGAGUUCAUCGAUGUCAUCGUCGGGAACAGAGUUUACAUGCCUUGCCUAUAUGUGUACAAUAAGGUGGAUCAAAUCUCCAUCGAGGAGGUGGACCGCCUUGCUCACAGACCUAACAGUGUUGUCAUCAGCUGUGGGAUGAAGUUGAACUUGGAUUACCUGUUGGAGACGUUGUGGGAAUACCUGGCUCUGAUUUGCAUUUACACUAAGAAAAGAGGAGAGCGCCCAGACUUUGGUGAUGCCAUCAUCAUGAGAAGAGCUGCAACUGUAGAACAUGUGUGCCAUCGAAUCCACAGAACCUUAGUUGGACAGUUCAAAUACGCCCUGGUUUGGGGAACAAGCACCAAGUACAGCCCUCAGAGGGUCGGCCUUACGCACGUCAUGGAGCACGAGGACGUCAUCCAGGUCGUAAAGAAGUAAAACAAGCUGCUGUUUGGAAGAGAAAAGACUGAGGAGACGGCUAUUAUUGGGGGUGUUGAAAGACACACUGUACAUUAGAUAUACAGCAAAGAAAAAAACCACCAUUCUUAUUUUGUAUAUUAAAAUUAAGAAAAUGCUUUGAAGAAACCGAGCAGACUGGAGUUGGCUGUGGCAAGGAAUGGCUUAUAUUACCUUUUUGAUUAUUAAAAACAUGCGUUGAUUCAGAGAGAGGGGGAAAAGAAUAAAAUAAAAUGUUAAAUCAAUAA